CAUGACUUAUGCUUGAGGUGUUUUUGAUUUUCAUAGAUUCCUUCAAGGUAGAAGGCUUCAAAUCAUGUAAGGUGAUUGAUAUGGACCUGAAAUAAGUAUGAUGAAAUUCAAAGGCUCAGAGGAUAAACAGAGUAAUUUGAAAUGUUUUUUUUACGAAAACCAACAUGCUCAAAACAGUUUAACUUGUUAAGAGUUAAAACCUGAGAUUUGUCGACAUAAAAAAAAGUCAAAGGUUAGCUGCCAUGGCUAGUGCAGUGUCAGGUGACGAUUUUAAAGGACACGAAUCUGCUUCAAUUGUGGUGCUAGAUAUUUAUCCGCAGAUAAUGAGAGAAAUGAUUAAUAACAUAUUUCCUCCAAAGAUUGUUUUAAGGCAAAUACAACACGAGGUAAAUCAAACAUUCAUGAAACAAUUAACACCUGCAGAGAGAAGAAUGAUUUUAAAGUUGGACAGUGAUGGCUACACUGAUCUAGAUCUCGCAUGCCUUUAUAAAGUAAUAAGAUAUUUUAAUCUGUUACCACCCCCAAGUAAAGGAUGGGGACCACGACCACAACCUGAGGACCAAAGUGAAGGAGAUGAUAUCGAAAGAAUGAAAAGGCACCACAGUGAUAUCAUUCAUCGCCCCCGUGCUAGGUUAACAGAAAGUGAAAGAAAAUUAUUUUUCAAAGAGAGUAUUGAAAUAGCCAAGCGUAUGGACGAAAGAAUUGGAUCACCUAAAAACGGUUUCGAAAGCAGAAUACAAAAUGUACAAUCUAAUCGUCUCAGUCAGGAAACGUAUGUCGAAGCUAUAGAAAAAAAAGCAGAAUGUCAAGGAUCAUUGCAGGAAGUAACACAAGCACCAAGUUUUAGUCCAUAUUAUGAAUAUGAUAUAGAGAUGAAACUAGAUUUAGUAAAUAAACAAGAGGAUGAAGACAGCAAAAUACCAGAACAGAUAAAAAAGAUGGACCAAGAGUCGAUUGACAUUUAUCUGAACGCUCUUGAAACGGGUUCAGAACGAAGACGGGAUAUAAAUUUAAUAAUUGUUGGAAAAAAGGGGGUGGGAAAAACUUCUUUAGUAUGGAGAUUAUUCGGGGAGGAAUUACAAAGCGUAAAAAGCACGAAUGGUAUAGAAAUUCAUCGGCGGAGAUGUCGAAUAAAUCUAAGUAACUUAGAAUGGAAUAAAGUGUUUGAUACAAGAUUAGUGAAAGAAGCAAGUAUCAACAAUAGAAUAUUGCAGUCAAUUGUAAAAGAGUUGCAUCAAGAUAAAGAAAAAUCAACGCAUGACAUAUUGAAGACAUCUUCAUCAGAUAAAAUAUCAACAGAUGAUAAUAAAGGCACAAUCACCAAAAAUAUUGAACAUGACGAAGAACCUACACCCAAAAUAAAUUAUCAGUUUGCUUAUCCGGAGAUUACAGAAUCGCCAUUUUCUAAACUGGCAAAGGAUGAGCAUGAGCUGUUUAGCAUACUCGGAUCUGCUGUAGACCUACAAGACGAAGACGGCUAUGCGACUUUAACAGUGUGGGAUUUUGCUGGUGACAUUGAGUAUUACAACACACAUCAAAUGUUUUUGAAUCCAGAAGCAAUUUUUCUUGUCGUAGCAAAUUUACAUGACAUAGAGGACACAGUAUCUUACGACACAUUCAAUUUCUGGAUGGAUACGAUACAUUGUUAUGGAAGCAUAAAUGACAAAACUGAAGCUGUAUUACUCGAAGGAGCUCACAUCCUUCUAGAUCCACCAGUUAUUGCAAUUGGUACACACAAGGACAAAUUUCAGGACGAAGAACAAUGCAGAAAAAGUCUCGAAUCCUACACUGAUAAAAUAUUUAAAGAUUCCAAGCUUCACUUGAGAUCAAUUCACAUGAUAUCCAACACAGAGGACGAAGAGCAUGCUUUUGGAAAAUUGAAGAAUGAUAUAUUUGCCACAGCAAAGAGUAGCGCAAAUUGGAAUCGAGAAUACCCUGUUAAAUUUAUUCAGAUGGAAAAAGCCAUCAAUUCUGAACUUACGAUCGGAAAUCAAAUAAUUUCUUUUGAAAGAGUAAAAGAACUAGGUGAGAAAAUGCCACUUCCGAUAACUGAUGACAAGGAGCUUCAUCUCUUUCUCAGGUAUCAACAUGAAAGUGGUAACGUGAUAUUUUUUGAAGACAUUCCGUCACACAUCAUUCUUGACCCACAAUGGUUAGCAAAUGCCUUUACGUGCAUUGUUACAGCCCAGCAGUUUCAACUUGAAUUACCACACUUACAGUGGGACAACUUCAAACAAACAGGAAAAAUGGAUCCUAAGCUAUUGGAAGAAAUAUUCAAGAGACAAUCAGCAGACAUGAGAAUUCAUAAAGAGCAUAUACUGGAAGUAAUGAAAAAGUUUGACAUUAUCAGCUAUCCAUUGCUAUUGACGGAAAGUGGAAAUGUACAAAGGAAGCAUAGUUUUUACGUUCCAUGCAUGCUUCAAACAUUAAAAUUGAAGGAUAUUGAUGUAAUGUUUAAUGUUCCAAAUGCUAGCAAAUCUACAUGUUUGUGUUUUGUCUUUAGUUUUUUACCGCCAUAUCUAAUCAGCAAUCUGAUUGUCUCUUGUCUACGAGUAUAUCCUCCAGCAGUGGCGAAGGGCGAGAUAGGUCUCUUCAAGGAUUGUUGUGUAUUUAAUAUUGACAAUACUGGCUAUAAAAAAUUUGUAUUAGCAAAGAGUAAUCAUAUGAUUCAGCUUCAAGUAUGGCAAUGGGAUGAAGUAGAUACAGAGGUUAAUCAAACUGUUUUGAAAAUUGUCGAAAGAGAAAUCAACAGAAUUGUCAACACGCGAUACAAGUUGAAAACGGUAUUUUUCGAGAAAAAAUGGAAGUGUGAGACUACCAGUUUCUCCUUUGACACAGGAUUCCUUGAAUUUGAUCAAGUACAUGAUGGGGAAAAAUAUUAUUGUGAAGAACAUGCGACAGUUCAUAAAUAUAAAGACUAUUGGUCUGGUGAGAAAUCAAAGGCUCCCGUUAGAAUAAGUAGUGAGCAACAGAAUUACGUCAGAAUGUCAAUGAUAGUCCUAGAGGUAUUAUCAGGCGUUUUAUACGAUCGAUUACACAAAGAUACAAAGACUGGAGAAAUACUUGAUCGUGAUAAGUUAGGCAUAACAGAAAUGUGCAAAAAAUAUUGUGCUUUGAAAAUAAACUUUCCAAGCAAAGGCUAUAGGAAAAUAGGAAACGUUGACGAUAUUUUUACCAAUGAAGAUACUAUUGGUGACGACAUUCAACGGAUACGUGUGAUCAGAAAUGAAAUGCAGCAUUCUUCUCUCUUUGCAUUACAUGACACACGAUACCAAACACUUAUCACUAUAGUUCAUGAUAUGCUAACUAGAUUUGACCAGCGUAACAAUCCAGCAGGUGAAUCGUACGUAAAACGAUUAGACGAAAUCAGGAAAAUGGAAUUAAAGACAAGGAGCUUAGAAGAGAUAAAAGAACAAAUGAAAGCAGAAUUGAUACAAAACCUUGAUAUUCAACUCCCGUGGUUGGUUGAUGCUGACGAAUUUCAACGUAUGCUUUCUGACGGAGAAUUUCUCUCUUACGAGAACAGAUUGAGUCUAGGUGGCCCAUGCAGGGUAGGAAAAAGUACUCUUGCUAGCGUGCUUAUUGGUACAGAAAUACCACAAACAUGGGAUUCUACAAAUGGACUGGUUAUAUAUUUUGGCAGGAAUGGCAUUGAUAUCGAAAAGAAAAAAAUGGUUCCGCUUAAAGAAGGUGAAAGGAUACAUGAUAUUUUGGCAAAAAUUCUUCGAGUGCAACCAGACGUUUCAGAGAGGUUAAAACAAAUUCCUGGACAGAAAACAACCACACAUGCUUUUAUGACCUCAUUUGCAGUUGAAACAGAUAUAGUAGCAUCUAAAUCGUCGAUAAAAGAUUUACAACUAGUUAAAAAAGCCACCAAAUAUUCAGAAAAGCUUGCAAUUCAGACUUGUACAUCAAUCAACGAACAUACAAGUGAGCAAAUGUCAGCCGAAACUAAAUAUUCAGCUAUUGAUGAGAAGCAACUAUUAGAAUGUCAGAAGCUUCAACUUAAACCACACAUUUUAGAUGAAGUGAGAAUGGGUCAAUACAAAAUCGAAAUUGCACCGUCAGAUCUGAUUGAUUUUGGUGGACAGAAAUCAUAUGAUAUGACACAUCAACUUUUCAUACAGCACAGCAGGUCGUUUUUGUUGAUGUUUGAUGGGAGAUUUGAUUUAAACACUCAACUUGAAGGAUAUGAAGAUGGUGUUAGUGCUGCCUCUAUUCUUAUUCACUGGGUUGAUUCAAUUUUGAUGUACUCUGAAGAUGCUGAGCAUAUUAUGCCAAUGAUUUUGUUUGCUGCAACACACAGAGACAAAUGCCAGGGAGAUACUGCGAAGAUAAGAAAAGAAUUUACUAGCGAUCUUAAACAGAUAUUCUCCAAUCACAAGAAAAAGAAUCACAUACAUCUUGAUAUGGUUUAUUUUAUCAAUGGUACGGAUAAAAACGACGAAGAAAUACAACACAUGACAGAUCAAGUUGUUAUGUUCGCAAUGAAACAACCAUCCUGGGGCCAGCCAAGACCUAUGCAAUGGGUUCCGUUAGAGCUACAAAUCUCCAACAUUAGAAUGCAGAAUGUUAACAUAAUCACAAAGGACGACCUACGUAAUGUUAACAAGAUGAAUAAGGAUCUGGCUUUAACUGGUCCUCAGUUAGACGACUUUAUUUUCGUCCAGCAUUCUCUUGGUAAACUGAUGCAUUACAACAUUCGAGGAUUAAACAACUUUAUUAUCAUUCACCCUCCCGUAUUGGUCAACAUCUUGAGGUCGUUCGUGACAGAUGAGAUGUUUUUCCCGAAAGAAGGAUGUCUUGCAUCGAUUUUGAAAACUUUGACAGAGACUGGUAAAAUCUACAAAACAGACCUUUUGAAACUUUGGGAUCGAAACGAAUAUAUGUUAAAUGAUGCAAUCAAAGAGUUUGUUAUUGAGCUAUUUGUUCAUUUGAACAUUCUUAUAAUUCCGGAAACAAAUAGAUACAAUCGCUCUUCGCCUGAAUUGUUCAUUGUACCCAGCAUGAUCAAGACCAUUAAACCGUCAAACUUUAUUGAUUUUGAAAAUCAAAGAGAAAAAACGAUAUGUUUGAAAUAUGUACUAUCACAACAGUCUAUUCCUAGUUCCCUUGCAUACACAAUUAUUGGAACUACUUUGAAUGUUUGGCCAUUGAAAGAGAAAGAGAACAUGUCAUGUAUAUAUCACAAAGCGGCGAUCUUGAAUGUAGUAGAUGAUAACGAACUACGACUAUGGGUUGAAGACGAUAUGAUAGAAGUAUAUUUAACAAAUCAAACAUCAACACUUGUUAUUUCACCCGAUAUUACAGCAAGUAUACAAGAAUGUCUAACACGGAAUCUCGAAUCGACCCUUGAGUUUUAUUACAAAAGCUUUGGUGGACAUUUUGAACAUUCAAAGAUAGCAAAACUGUUCAGUAUGGAGGUAGGCAUACCAUGUGGAAAUAGCGUGUGUUAUAUAUCAUUAGAAAAGGCCAAAACCGUAGACUCAUGGAAAUGCGAAAACGACGAAGAGCACAGAACAAGCAGUCUCCUUAACUGGAUUUUUGACAGAGUUGCAGAGACAUGUAAACCAGAGUGUAAAGGCAAAACCAACGAAGAAUUGGAAAUACAACCAAGCGAUAAACAUCUUGUUAGAUUCGGAAAAUACUUUGGAUACGAUGACUCAUUUGAGGACUAUUUUAUUCAGUUGGGAAUGAAGAAGCUGACAUUACAGAAUAUUAAGGACAAGUAUCAUGCUUUUGGUAGGUGCGGAAUAAAAUCAAUUGCAUUGAUAGAGUGGAGAGAAUCCAAGUUGUCAGGCAAGGAGAAGCCGACAAUGAAAAGUCUUAGUGACGCCUUGGUAGCAUCGGAGUUAGAUAAUCAUCUUUUGUGUCAAAUUUUCAGGGAGGAAACCAAGUUGUUGGAUGAUGCAAACCCAAAUCUCCAAAAGAUUCCAACAGACAAGGUUUUGUUUAAUUUAUCAAAACAAAUAGGAAACUGUUCCUUAGAAUUGGGCAUCGAACUGGGACUGAACGUUGCUGAAAUUGAACAAAUUUUGUUCAAGAACGACAAAAAUCUACGAAGACUGAUAGAAGAUAUUCUAUUGCUUUGGAAAAGGAAGUCAAAAGAAAAGACAGUUCGGAAUUUACUGAUGGCUUUAGAAAGGGUUGAAAAGGGUGGUUUUAACUGUCUAUCAAACAUGUUGACAGAUUCAACUAUGUUCGAGGAGAAAGUCCACUCCAAAGUUUUUUCAGAUCGUUAUCAAAAGACAAAGGGCCAAAUAGGAUUGGCGUUAAUUGUGAAUUACAGUAAAAAUAGAAAAGGGUCCGACGAAGACGUACGGAGGUUGGAACAAUUCUUUUUAAAAAAACUUGGAUACAAUGUUAAGUGUGAACACAACUUGAAAAAAUCGGAUUUGAUGGACACAUUUGAUUCAUUCACAGCAGAUGAAAUGAUGGGUAAAGCGGGAACAAAAUACUACUGUUUUGUCCUUGUAAUGAUGAGUCAUGGAAAGAAGAAAAGAAGGGACCUACCAUUUAAAUUAUUGGGAUAUAAAUUGUACGAUUAUACAGAUGUUGUUUUUGUAAAAAAUCUUUUACAACUUCAGGACAAUCUUGUAUGUGUUGAAGAUCAUGUCAAGGUGAAGGAAAUUGUGGACAAAUUCAAGCUUACAGAUUUUGCAGGGAAACCAAAGUACCUUAUAUUCCAAGCAUGUCGAGAAGGUCUAGAGCAGUCAUAUAGACAUGCAGCUGACGUUUCUGACGCAAACGGUCAACUGUAUGGUGAUGAUAAACCACUUUCCGCAAAACGUCACCAAGAUUCCGACAUGCUCCUAUCUUUUGCAACGACGCCAGGUUAUAUAGCCUACAGGAAAGUUCCACAUGAGGAAAAUCAAUGGAUUGGUUCGUGGUUUAUACGUGCAUUGCUAGAAGUAUUCGAGAAAAAGUACAAAAAAACUGACGUUAUGAAGAUGCUUGAGGAAGUAAGACGAAAUUUAAAUGAAAAUGCAGAUUAUAGACCACAAGAUGGCAAAUGUCAAAUAUCUGAGGACGUAUCUACUUUGACCAAGUCAUUUUUCUUGUAAAGAUAUAUUUAAGCUAUAUAAUCAGUAAUUUACUCCACAUUUGAUGACACAAGCAACAUUAUCAAUAGGAAAAUAAAUAUUAUAUUUUGUUAAAAUGUAUUAUUAACACUGAAGUUAAGUACAAUUUACCUGUUUGUAUUCCAUUCUCAGAUGCUUUUCGUUUAAAAACUAUUAGGAUAUGUUGGUGCAUACUUAAGGGAAUACGAUACAGUAGCAGGGGCAGAUAAUAACGUUUUCAAAACUGUUCGUGUUGUUUUCGCGACGUUGGUAGCCAGAACGUUGUAAUUUCGCGAUGUUUCUAAUAAGAACGUUAACAUUUCGCGACGUUGCUUUAAAAGAAGUCAUAUUUCGCGGAAUAUUCACUGACGUCAUUAAUUUUGGUUGCGCGAAUUUCUAAAAAGUACCUGCUAAAAAAGUGACCAUGCCGUUUCUAAAAGACG